AUAGUGCAAGUGAUCUUUCGCACCUAAAGUUAACCUUAAUCGAUUAACCUUGAAACAUCAAUUAAAACUUUGCAGUAAUUAAGAAUCGAUCGCGAGUGCAUGUCGCUUGAUGCUACUGCUAUUUCGCGAUUAAUUGUCAAUCAUUAUAUAAAGAUUUUAGUUCUCUUACCUUAUUUGAUUUGUCAAUCGGAUACUUCGGAAAAAAUCCAUCUCGAGUUACGGCAGAAAAAGCACUGAUUGCCUUUUAUCUAAUUUACAGAAGCAUUAAUUACAGUGGAAAGAAAAAAAGAGAUAUAAUCGUCCGGUAUCGCUAUCUCUUUUGUUGCAUUCAUGGGUAUUCUAUCAUAUGUCAUACGUCAUACUACGUCACGCGAACGUCACUACGGAGUGAAGUUCAUUGCUUAAGUUAUUUAUUGUUAGCUGAAAAUUUGAAUCUUUCUCAACCGGUCGACGCCGAGUCGGAGUCACGUCCUUCUUCUCUUUGCGAGUUAAUUAAUCGAUCCGAAUGGACUAAUUAGCAUAUAAAAAGCUCGUGUCUUUCGCAGGAUUUCUCCUGUCCAGGAUCGAUCUGACACAAUCUGAUGAGUUAAUCCGCAAUUGAAGAAAUCGGAAACUGCAUGGGCAGGAUAUAUUGAAUUUCUCUUGUCCAGGACAGCAACAGUUCAACAGAAUCAAUUGCAUCGGGGGACAGGAUCAGUGAAUGAAUUCUAUUCUUAUUGAUGCAAAUAUUUUCGGUAGUAUUGCGAUACACAGUGCGAUUCACGCGUUGUGUCGGGAGUGCCGUCUAAAGUUUCGCAUAUCGGGAGUGCCGUGUAAAGUAUUGGGCGAUCGUAAUUAUUUAUAUUUUUGCGAGUGUCGUGAGUGCUACCAAGAGAGGAGGAGGAGGCCCGGGGAGGCAUCGGGCGACAGCGGGGCAACUGUGAGAUCAAUGUGCUACGUACUACAACUGAUAAGCUACUGCAGGUAUCGGUAGCAUUGCCAUACACAGUGCGAUUCACGCGUCGUGUCGGGAGUGCCGUGUAAAGUGUCGCGCGUCGGGAGUGUAAAGUUUCGCAUAUCGGGAGUGCCGUGUAAAGUGUCGGGCGAUCGUAAUUAUUCGUAUUUUCGCGAGUGUCGUGAGUGCUACCAAGAGAGGAGGAGGAGGCCCGGGGAGGCAUCGGGUGACAGCGGGGCAACUGUGAGAUCUAUGUGCUGCGUACUACAACUCUGCUGCUGCACGUCUCGAUAUACGUUUCUAUCUCGGAACAAUUCAGCGCCGGUGUGAAGUGAAAUAAUUUCUCGAACGCGAGGAGGUUCCUGCGAAGAGCUGCUCGUCGGUCUGAUAAGACACAUCGCGGCGAUUCUGCAAGGCGAGGAAAUUUAUCUUCGAUGCGAAGGUGGAUGACAAGCGAAGAAGUUUGCACAAAAUUCUGCGAAUUUUCGAAUUGUACUAUCGAGCAAGAAAAUCCUUUAGCGAAGUGAAGAUGGUCUUCAUAAGUUCCAGUUGCUGCGACCGCAGAUACAGCGAUUCUGCACGACCGGAUUACAAUUACGACAAUUACAACAAGAUUAAUGCGGAGAUCGGACGUUAUCCCUCUCAAUACAACGAGCGAAAUCCUAUUGAGAGAUUCGGAUGGCAAACACAAAGUCGGCCCCCAGGUUCCACCGGAAACGGCGGUAGACCCGGAGGAGGAGGAGGCGGAAACGGAAUCUACGCAGGAAAUCAAUCGGGAGACAGAUAUCCAUCGCGUCCGUCAGUGUACGGAAGUGAAAGUGCUAACAGACCCAGCUCUUUGGGAUAUGGCUCGGGAAACUCUGGAGGAUAUGGUCAAGGGGGCUAUGGAAGGCCGCCUGGAUAUGGAGGUUCCAACGGAGGCUACGGGAUUUCAGGGACAUUAGCCGAUGGUGACGAAUUCGGUCCUGGCGAUUCGGGCCCGGAAGGAAGUGUGCCACAGCUUCCCGCAAACAUUCAGGCGCAAAAGGCCGUAGCGUUAAAGGCUCUAGCUGGUGUUGCAUUAAUUGGAGCAGCAGCGGCAUUAGCUUCAAAUCCGGUUCUCCUACCAAUUGGCAUCGUGAGCGGAAGAAAGAAAAGAUCGGAAACUUUCUCGGAAGUCUCGGAACCGCAGACCGAUUUCCAAAUGGAUUACAUUUUAAACGUGUUGAAGAGAAAUUUAUACAAGAUACAAAAAGAUACCUCGACCAAUAGAUUGAUCGUUUCUCCGAGAUGCGUCGCCAGAUUGACUUGCGAAAUCCAGAAGGAUUAUCUGUCCGAUGUUGAUAAGGACGUCGAAAUCUUGAACGCUAAUCGGAAUCGAAAAUAUCAUCUUACCAAUCUGAUACGUAACAAUGUACUUAAUGUCGCUUCCCUGAAUACAAAUGUGAAGAAUCUAAUCAAACUGGCAGUCGACGUCGCUAUGGAAAAUAGAAACUGCAACGUGUUUGCUUGUAAUUAUCUAAGAAAAACUUGAAUUUGAUGUUUUUAAAUUUUAAUCAUAUAAUCAUAUCACACUUAUCUAAUACUUAUUCGAUAAGAAAUAUACAUGCACGGAAAUAAAGUCUCUUCUCAUACGAUGGUAGCGUAAUUUGAAGAAA